GUCAAGUCCCGCUAGGUAUCGAUAACUUCAUAUUCUCCACUCCGCUGUUUACCUCCAAGUACCGACCUGGGUCUCGUCAAGAGUUCAUGGAUUCAGAACAACCUGCCCUCAAGAAGCUACCUCACUGUACCUCCUGCUGACUCGAUUGUCUAUCACUGUCGCCGAAACGGCUGGGUUUAACCUACCAUGUCAGCAAUACGCGCCCUAAAGGGUGCCUUCACCCCCCGACCCUCACUAUGGGCUAGACCAUCAGCUCACAUCGCCUUUCGGUCACCCAUCUCACUACACCAACCGCUUUCUCGCUCGAGAACUUACUCUGUAGAUCAGUCCAGGGAAUCUAGCUUUCUUCAAGAUUAUUUCCAGGAUCAGAUUGAGAAGCCCAGAAGCCUAGAGAAACGCGGUCGCUCCAAGCAGACCAAAGAGGCUCACUCAACGGAUGGCACCGAUUUCGACGACAGGGAAGAUGAGUUCUCGAGGAUACUGUCACCAAAGCAGGAGAAGCCGAAGAAGCCAUGGCUCAAGAAAAGAGAGGAGAGUAUUGCACGUUACGGCACGGCCAAAGCCGAUGCUAGAAGAAGCAGAAAGACUGCCCGCAACAUCGCCCUCCUGGAACAGGAAAUUCGCAUGCGGCACGCCGCUGGACGUCCCGAUAUCACAUCCGCCAUUGACCCUGAGCGAUCUGAACUUACGCCCCGCACUGCAAAGGAGGCGAUUGCGCGCUGGCAGGAGUUGAAAGAGAAGGACGGCCAUCACCAACCAAAGGAGUCACGGGCUGUCAGGGCGCUGAAAAGAGACAUCAGACGAGAGGCCAAGGAGGCAAGGAUAUUCAUGGCAUCGCAGGGCGCUGAGAAGUCUCGGGAACAGGAGUUGGAACAGGAAGAAAAGUUGGAGAAAUUGAAGGCAUCAAUGGCGCAACGUAAGAACGCCGAAUGGAAGGAGGAGGUGGUGCCGGUCAAGACUCGACGGGAGGUUCCGACACAAGCACAACAAAAUGCUGUCCAGACGCCAGAAGUGCCUCAGGAAAACAACUCACCAGAAGAAACGGCCGAGAACCCGAACGAAUGGGAAGACGAAAUGGACGAUGAAGCCGAAGGGGACGGUCAGGAGAAGCUGUCUGGAAUAGAGCGGCGGCGGAUGAAGCUCCUACUGCGGUUCAAAGAGGGUCUGCAGAAGAAGAUGGGCAUCCCAGUCGGCGACACAAAGCCGCAUCCACAGAUCGAUGCCAAAUGCGAAGUGUGGUUGCAUAAUAGGAUUAAGGCAGAAAAGGACCGGGAAAAGAGGAAGAAAGAGCGGAUGGCGCGCGAGCAUCAAAAGUUCCUGAGGAAGAUGGCGAAGAAGGCGAGGAAGAACGCAAACUAGCCAGGAUGUGAAUGUGCGAGCUGGAGAUGAGGAGAUGCUGUCGACUACGGCUGUCCCUGACUAUUGAAGUGUAAGAUGGCACGGGAUGCUUACUUGAUUCAAACACCAUCAAUGUGGAAAAGUACAUUCUACUUAUACAGGGUGGAACCGCUUGAUGGGAAUUUCAGCAAAGGAGGAAGCUCCUAGUGAACGGAUAGCUGAAAGCCAGAAUGGCUGAGAGCUGAGAACAUAAAGAACAAAAGGAAACAGAGCAGCGGCAACGAAUCCAAACAACAACUAUCCGGAUGGGGGUGUUGGUCGUUAUAGAGAUACCUACCUGGAUGCUGGUUGUCAACAAACAACCGUUUAUGGCUGCACUCGAGUGUGUCACAAAUCCAGUGGAUUUUCGGUGGCAGAACAGUGUAUGUCCUCAAAUAUACCCUAGCGUCCUAUCACAUCGUCGGGUUUUUGCUUAUUGUUUUUGUAUGAGAUAUCACUGUAUUGUACAUUUUAAUAUUCUCACCUCUCUCGUCCUCUCCGCGUACCUUUAGGAGGGAGAAGGUACCAGUCUCACGUAGCCCAACAAAUACGUCCAGUCCUAU